AUGUCUGAUUCUCAGGAACCGCCAGCUAAGAGGGCGCGGCUGGAGGCGGACGCUCCUUUUACUGGAGUAUCCUCGCUCGACGCGCCAGGCUCGCCAGUCGAUGACUUGGACGACGACUUCUACGACACUACGCCUGUCAAGCCUGCGGCUCUCUCUUCUGCACCACAUGAUGGACCUUCGGCAUCGCUCACCGCGACUGCACCUGCUCCAUCGAGCUUCUCGUUGCCAGGACUCGGCUCUCUGGGCGACACCGCCGUCACACAGCCUGCUGCUGAGAUCGACGCAGACGUGGUCAUGGGCACUGCAGCGCAUGACGAAGGCGAGCUCAAAGCUGAGGAGGCCUUCUAUCAUGAUGCGAGCGCAGUCGAGCCGCCUGUGGCCAAUCAGCUGCAGGCUCUCGACGAGGCUCCACAGCACGAUGCCGCUGAAACCACUUCUACUACAGCACCUGUCCUCGACGACGGAAAGAUACCGAAGGAGUCGGCACCGGCCGUCAACGCCCCAGUCGAGCAGGAGCCCAGUGUUGUCGCUGCACCUGCCACAGAAGCUUCAGAGCCCACAGCAGACGAGAGCAAAGCCGAGUUUCUUCGCAUUGGUGAACAGAACAAGGACAACAAAGAGGCUGAGUGGCAGCUCGACUCGGAUGCUUCAGAUUCAUCUUCGGACUCGUCGAGCUCAGAUGACAGCUCAGACAACGAUGCAGACGAUGGAGAGCUCAUGGACCCAGAGGAAAUGGUCCGCCUGUUGAUGGCAGAGUCCGCUGACGAUGCCGGCGCUACCGGCAAAGCCAAAGUGAAGACUUUGAACGAGCUUGACGAACAAUACGAGAAACCAGACAUCACGGUCACCAACGAAACACAGAUCACAGAGCUAGGCAAGGUCGAGGCUGUUGUCGAUAACCUCGUCCUGGUGCGAGCCAAAAUCUCUGGCGAUUACCAGGUGCUCGAGUCGGGAUCGGCGCUGUGUCUCCAGAACUUUACCAUCAUUGGGAAGAUCUCCGAGCAAAUCGGUCGUGUUGAGGAGCCGAGGUACUCGAUUGGCUUCAACGACCCUGCUGAAAUCACAGCCCUAGGUAUUGCCAAAGACACGCCCAUCUACUACGUCGACGCACACUCGACUUUUGUCUUCACCGAACCUUUGCGCAAGCAGAAGCACACCGACGCAUCGAACCUUCACGAUGAAGAAACGAACGAAGUAGAGUUUUCAGACGACGAGGCAGAGGCAGAGUUCAAGCGACAGCAAAAGCAGGCGAAAAAGGCCAGGCAAGAAGCGAAGAACGAGCCAGAGCCGGAGCAGAAGCCAAUACCCACCGGUCCAAGGGGACACGUCGACAAGCCUGUGUCCUACUUCCCGGCAGCCAACGAGUAUCAGGGUGGUGGGCUCAAGUACAGCGACGAUGAGGACGAAGACCUGGGUAUGUACAAGCCGUUGGCAAGACCAAGUCACUUUGAGGAAAUCGUCGGACAGGGUGCUCCACUCGAAGAUCGCAGCCACGUCCGCAGGGGCAUGAUGCGAGGCCGAGGCGGAUGGGGCGACCGCGGCCGGGGCUUCCGUGGACGAGGUAAUUUCGGCGGCCGCGGCGACUUCGCUGGCGGACGUGGUGACUUUGGUGGUGGUCGAGGCGGGAGAGGAGAUGCUAGAGGUGGGCGAGGUGACCGAGGAGGCGGCGAUCGCGGAGGACGUGGCAACAAACAAGCUGACAGAGGCCGACCUCAAAACCAACAUCAAGACAACCGUCAGAUGAGCGUGCCCCGACCUGAUAACGGAUCCGCCACGUCGGCUUCACCUGCUCGUCAGCAAGAGCAUCAGCAGUCUUCUCAGCCUCAGCACUCUCCACCUGCGAAGAGCAAGAACAAGAACCGAAAGCAGCGACAGCGGGAGAAGCGCGAACGCGAGGCACAGGAGAAACAACAACACCAGCAGCAACAGAAUCAGCAGCAACAGAAUCAGCAGCAACAGAAUCAGCAGCAACAGAAUCAGCAUCAACACAAUCAGCAUCAGACCAAUCAGUAUCAACACAACCAGCAACAACACAACCAGCAGCAACACAAUCAGCAGCAGAAGCCACAGCAGCAGGCACAGAAACCACGGCAGCAGCAUGCUUCGCCCGUACCCUCUGGAGCUUCCCACGCUAGUUCUUACGCAAAUAACAGCAGCACCGGCUGGCCGACACAGUACCCACAGCCAGCGGUGCCAGCGGCUUCGUACUCUCCAGCUCCACCACCAGCCACUGCAGCCUCGUAUGCGAAUCCGGCACCGUAUGCUCAGCAAGCUGCGGCGCAGGCUCAGCCCAGCCAGCAGGCGAAUUGGGCUGCAUGGGCGCAGUGGUUUCAGGUGGUUGGGGCUAUGAGCCAGCAAGGAGGGCAGGCACAGCAGCCUGCAGCACCGGCCCAGGCGCAGCCGUAUGCGCACCCGCAGGCACCGACGCCUGCACCCCUACCACCGCCACCACCGCAGCCUCAGGCUCAGUACGGCUACCCACAAGCAUGGCAGUAUCCGCAGAACGCUGCACCAGCGGCGAACACCAACAGCCAACAGGCGAACGCUCAAGCUGGAGCUCAGUCUUUGCAAGACAUUCUUCGCGCGCUCGGAGGUGGUGGCGGUGGCGGUGGCGGUGGCAGUGGCGGUGGCGGACAGAGGUAG